AUGGCGGGGGUGGGAUUUAAAUUCAAAUUCUCUGCCUAUAGAUGUAGGAGGAUGCUCAUGCUUCAUCAUCUUCGUUGGGCUGCUCCAGUUGUGACUGAUGUGGAGGAAGUCUUUCUUGCUAUCAAGUAUUUGAAAGAUGUCACAUUGAAGAAACAAUGUGUUACCUUCCGUCGAUACAAUGGUGGAUUUGGCAGGUGUGCCCAGGCUAAACAGUGGAGUUGGACACAGGGUCAUUGGCCCAAAAAGAGUGCUGAGCCCUUGCUGCAUGUGCUUAAAAAUGCAGAGAGUAACGCUGAACUGAAGGGUUUGGCUGUGGAUUCUCUUGUCAUUGAGCAUAUCCAGGUUAACAAGGCCCUCAAAAUGCGACAGCAUACUUACAGGGCUCAUGGUCGAAUCAACUCAUACAUGUUUUCCCCUUGCCAUAUUGAGAUGAUACUGGCUGAAAAGGAACAAAUUUUUCCUAAAGCAGGUGAGAAGGUUGCUCAAAAGAAGAAGAUAUCCCAAAAGAAACUGAAGAAACGAAAUCUUAUGGCACAGGAGUAA